AUGCCUUCCGGUCACGCCAAAGCCACCGUCGGCGACACCGUACUCGCGGAGACGGACACAUGGGAGGAGGUGGAUGGGAAUGUGUACUUCCCACCGGCAUCUGUCAAAACCGACUACUUGUCCAAGACGGAUCACUCGACCCACUGCCCCUGGAAGGGGGAUGCAAGCUAUUACAGCAUCCAUGCAGACGGCAAGAAGCUGGAGAAUGCGGCGUGGUACUACCCGCAGACCAAGGAGAAGGCCGAGCACAUCCGGGACCACGUGGCUUUCUACAAGAGCAGGGUGACGGUCACGAAGUCUUGA